AUGGAGGGGGAGCUGUUCCUGGACGGGCACCCCCCCGACUUCUCCCUCCUGCAGCAGCUGCUCUUCCCGCCCUGCCUGGAGCCGGAGCCCGGCAGCCCAGCCCCGGGCCCGGCCAGCCCGGGAGGGGCAGCCAGGCCCGCGGGGCGCCCCCGCCCGGAGCCCUCCCCCAGCAUGGCCUGCUGCCUGCAGGUUCCGGACAGCAGCGCCCUGAGCUUCCUGCAGGAGUCCGCCCAGCGGCUGCCCCAGGCGCCGGGGGGGCACGAGGAGCCGAGCCGUGCGCCCAGGGCGCAGCACCAGCAGCCGCCGCCGGGGCCAGCCGUGCGCCCAGGGCGCAGCGCCCCGCAGCCGCAGCCCGGGGCCAGCCCCCUCGCUUCCCUGGGCACCUGCAGCCCCAUGGACACCCUGAGUCUCAUCAGCCUGCACUGUUCUCAUCUGGUGUCGGGCGCGGCGGCCCCCGCCAGCCCCCCCGAGACUAGGGCAGGGCCCCAAACGACGUCCCCCUGCCUCCUCCCCAUAGACUGCAACGGCAGCGCUUCCAGAGAGGCCGGGGCAGCAGGGCAGGAGGGGCGGAGCUGGGAGCCAGGGGCCGGCGGCCCCAGCCAGCCUGAGCCGGGCUGCAGGAGGAGAAAGCCCCGCAAGCAGCCCGCACCCAGCCGGAGCGCUGAGGCCCGAGACCCCUCUUUCCAGGGGGUGACCCUCUGCAUGCGCCUGUGUCUUUGCCAAGGCAGCUCCGAUGGGUACCAGCUCCUCAUCCGCCCCCAGUACAGCAGUGCAACGUGUGGGAAAAGAAGCCGUAACCCAAAUCCAAGUCACGUCUCUUUAACAAGAGAAUUCUGCAGAGCCAGCAGUUCUGAGGAGGAUCAAGGCUCCCUCUCUGUCCAGAGUGGUAAGUGUUGCGCUUCCUGCCAGACGAGGAAAACUCCCCUGUGGAGGAUUGCUGAGGACGGCACCCCACUCUGCAAUGCUUGUGGCAUCAGGUACAAAAAGUACAGGAUACGCUGCUUCCGCUGCUGGAAUAUCCCGAAGAAAAGUGGCAAACCUUACUCCCGCUGCGCGAACUGUGGAGACAGACUGCGCAUGGCCGCGGCCCAGCAGAGAACCGGGAAAAGAAAAUGCGACGACUUCCUUAAAUCUCAAGCAAGGGCUCUUUGCUGUUAGCCGGAGAGCGGCUCUGGUACCUGCUGGAGUGAGCAGGGGCCCAGCGCUGCCCUGCGGGCUGAGCGGAGGGAUGCGAGAAGCGUUGGCUCAGUCCAGUUGCCUUUAGGACCAGUUGCUGCUUUUCCCCCUCCCUCUCGUGCUGUUCUGUAAAAUGAACGUCCGCUCCUGCCUUUGCUUUGCGCGGCAACUCGGGAAAAUGAACCCAGGUUUUUGCACAGGCGAAGUUGUUACAGAGCUUGAAUGAGGGGUGGGAAAAUAAGAGUUUGAAUCUUAAGCUUGCUCCUGGCUCGCCUGGUGGGUGUGAGUGUGGUGGCUGCUUGUUCAGACCCCAGGAUACCAGUGCUACGCCCUGGGUCUAACCUGUCUUGACUGUAGAACAGAUGGCUGCAGCGAGGCUCUCUCUAGCAGGCCUUGUUAUGGGGCAAACGCAGACUCCAGAAGAAAUUGAGAUAAUUCUGGAUGUUAAAGAAAAUAGAAUAUUAGCUCCAUUCAGAUAGUAACUUGCACCUGUGGCAGCAACAAUCGCUGCUAUGGACAUGAGCUGAACAUGUAGAUUCUGGCAAUGCUUAAAACCCCCGCUCAAAAUGAAAUGAAGCAUUGUUAAGGGGUUAAGAAUGUUUUAGAUCAAUAUUCGUUCAUGGACCCCAAUGAAGAGCUUUCCUGUUAACGUGCUGAUGUCUUUCCAAGGAGAGACACUAAGACUUGUACAUUUGCAGGGCUCAGGCUUCAAAGCUUUUAUAUUUGCUAAUUUAAAAAACUAAAUAACAACAAGUGAGUUGGGGAUAAUUAAUAUGGAACCUCAUUUAUUUUGUUGCACUAAACUUAGUAAGGGUUGCACUUUUUGAAUAGAGAGAUUAUCUCCUUCGUUAGCUUGUUAUGCAUUUCAGAAACUUAUUCAAUUCUCAAUUAGCUUGUUACUUAAAAUGGUACCUAUGGGGCAUUCUUGUACAAAAUGAUUAUCUCGAUAUAUUUAUAUGUGUAAAUAAUGUAUUUAUUUUUGCAGUAUGGCACUGUUUACACACACACACACACACACACACACAAAAACUUUAUGUGCCAAGUUGUGAACUUGGAUGAAAAUUGCCACGUUUUCUCCUUUCUGGUACCAAUGUUCAAACACUCCAACGUGGUGACAAUGCAGGGAAGAGAUGUGGUUUAAGAUGAUCGGGUGUUGUUGGGUUUUUUGGCUUUCAUUCAGGAGUGAAUGUGAUGGUUGCACUUUAGAAUAAAACUGGCUUCUUGUCGCUGUGUAUGGCAAGACUCUA